AUGGAGACUAAAAUUGCAAUUAUUGGACAAAGUGUUUUUGCUGCUGAUGUUUUAGAAUUACUUUUAGAAAAAAAAUAUAUAAUUGUUGGUGUUUUUACAAUACCAGAUAAAAAUGGACGAGAAGAUACUUUGGCUACAAUUGCCAAAUUACAUAAUAUACCGGUAUUUAAAUUUGCAGUCUGGAGGAGAAAAGGUGUAACAAUUCCAGAAGUUUUAAAAGAAUAUCAAUCUGUUGGUGCAACUUUAAAUAUUUUACCAUAUUGUUCUCAAUUUUUACCAAUGGAAGUUAUUGAUGGACCAGAAUUAGGAAGUAUUGCUUAUCAUCCAUCAAUUUUACCAAAACAUCGUGGAGCAAGUUCAAUUUCAUGGACAAUUAUUGAAGAUAAUGAAUAUGCUGGUUUUACAAUAUUUUGGGCUGACGAUGGUCUCGAUCAUGGACCAAUUCUAUUACAAAAAAAUUGUAUAUUAGAGCCAACUGAUACAUUAGAUACAAUAUAUAAAAGAUUUUUAUAUCCGCAAGGUGUUAGAUCGAUGGUUGAUGGUAAGAAAAAUUAUUUUGAUUCAAUUAAAAGAAAACUAAUACGAGUAUCUAAAAUUAAAAAUUUUUAUUAUUUUAGCUGUUGA